AUGGAGCAAUCACAAGUCCUGAAGAGAGAUCCUGAUCCCUCAACGCCUGUCGAUCUAAAGCUAUCAUUAGUUGGUCUGAAUAUUGUUUAUUGUUCAACCGAAGGAAUGGAACGCAUGCCUGUCGUCAGCAGAUAUUCCUGUUUCGAUGGCUUCUACAAUGGCAGUUCUACAACUGCAUGCACAUACGUGCUUUGUGAUGGGCCGCAGCCUCCCAUACUGACGAGUGGAGAGCAGACAGCAAUCGAGAUAGCGGCCUUCCUCCUGAUCUGCAUCAUUAUCGGUGUUUGCGUCUUCACUUGGCGAAGUCGUCGGUCGGAGAAGACUAGACGCAUGAGUCACUACAAUGGAAUCCUUCCCUCUCAUCAUCAGGAGGCUCAAAUGGAGCUCAUGCUCUAG